GGUAAAAGAGAAACUGUUGAUCUUGCCAGAUGUGCAGCUGCAUUUGCUAUUGGUGUGCGGGAGCAAUGCCACCUAUCACAGAGGAGUGUCAACAACAUUGUCCUUGGUGUCCAACAGUAUCAAACAGCUCUUCUGACGUCCUUGAGGGGAAAAAUAAAGACCAUCCUUGAAAGGCAACCUGACAGCAAUGGACCUUUACAACAAGAAGUUCUUUCAACACUGGACAACUUUCAGGAUCCCUUUCCCAUAUGUGCAGCUUCAAACCUACAGGACCGUGUAACACAGAUGCAUUUCAACCCUGUCACACCUGAGGAGAUCCUCAUUUCCAAGUAUGCCUGUAGAGUUAAAAAAGGAGAAUCGAGAGUUCUUGCAAUCAAAAACAAGUCUUUCUACUACAUUCCUUUGAUUGAAAGUUUGAAACAGCUAUUAUCCAAUUCAAGACUAUUUGACAUGCUCAGUGCUGGACCUCAGAGUUGCCCCAACGCCAGUUUUUUGUAUGACAUUAAUGAUGGAAUUAUUUUCAAAACCCACCCACUGUUUUCAGAGAACUCUGCUUUACAACUGAUACUCUGUUCUGAUGAGAUAGAAAUGUGUAACCCCCUAGGGUCACGUGCGAGUGUAAAUAAACUACUAAUGUUUUAUUACACCUUAGGCAACAUAGACCCUAAGUUUAGAUCAAAGUUGGCUUCCAUUAAACUUCUCGCAAUCGCAAAGUCUAGGGACAUAGAUGAGUGUGGGGUAGAUAUAAUACUACGGAGAAUCAAUGAGGACUUGAAGUUACUGUACGAUGGUGUUAUGAUUAACACUGUCAAUGGGGAAUUUUAUUUAAACAGAGCAGUUGUUGCUGUGUGUGGAGACACUCUGGCCCAGCAUGAGCUUGCAGGAUUUAAGGAAGGAGUUGGUUUACGUAUAGCAAAUGUCGUCAUUGAAGACGAGCUGAAGCUACAGCAAGGAACGACUGAUCUAAGAAGAGAAGCUGACAAGAUUGGCCUGAGGAUCAGCUCUGAAAAGAUCAUGCAUGUCAGCUCCAAGGACCCACGACGAGGGAUCUACAUCGGGACACAGCAGCUAGAAGAAGUGGAGAAAUUCACCUAUCUCGGUAGCAUGAUUUCCCUUGACGGCGAUGCGGAGGUGGAUGUCAAAUGCCGCAUUGGAAAGGCAGCUGCGGUAUUUCGGAGGAUGAACAACGAGGAGAUCCUGCGAAGGAGUGGCACAGUCAAACUUCACAACAUCGUUGCACGCAAAAGACUCCGACUGGCUGGUCAUAUCCUCCGCAUGGAUGACACACAGAUUCCAAAAACAGCGAUGCACUGGCAACCCCUGGGCGUUAAAAGACCACAAGGACAUCCCCGCAACACCUGGCGAAGGUCAUUCCAUCAAGACCUAAAGACAUUGAAUAUAUAUCGUUGGAAGAAGCUGAAGCCCGGGCACAAGAUCGAGCCUGGUGGUGUUCGUUUGCCACCCGAUAUGCCACAUAAAGCAUGGGAGGAUCUAAGUCUAAGUCUAAAAUAA